AUGGGUCAGAACCUGGCAAAUGCCCUAAAACCAUUUUCUGACAAAACAAACCACACUCAACCCCCAAAUGCUCAGGAUUUCAUAGGCAUCCCUCAUCUAGGUCUUUCUGGAUCCUCAACAAAGCAGUACUCUAAACUGUCUCCAUCAGAGGCUCCCCAUUCAGCAGGCUCACCCACAUCAGGAGUUUUGAGCUCCACGGCAGAACUGGCCCUUCUGUCCUUCCCUCCCCUAGUCUCUGGAGGUCUUUUUCAACUUCCAGGUAGAAUAUCCUCACGAUCCAUGUUGGAAAUGGCUUCAAAUUCUGCAUUCACUCAGCCAGUCCACACUGCGGGGCCUGAAAGAUUGCACAAUGGGGUGUCUUUGCAGACUUCUAAGAGCACAGCAGCAGUGAGCCAUGAGGCUCAUCCUUCACCUUUCCAGACUGCAGAAUCAGUGGUUGUAGCAAUGACAAGCAGAGAGCUAGGCCCUGCCACUCCUGCAAAUGAUUCUGCUAACCCACCACAUUUGUCAGCAGCUCCAGAGAGUUCCAGAGGGUCCGCCCUUUCACCAGAACACAAACCUUCUUCCUCUUUGGUGCGUCCUCCUCUCCCUUUCAUCCCACCGGCUCAAGGGCAAGCUGUCCUUUCUGGGGCACUUCCUGCAUCACCAUGGAAUGAAACAGGUGAUCUUCCCUUCCUCACUGCCCCCCAGCUCACAGAGGAUCAUACCUCUCCAUUCCCUGUGCCAGAAGUACCCACUCCUCAGGCAGCAGGUAAUAAUGGGGCUCCUCCUACUGCAGCCACAGAAUUCCUCCUCUCAAGCAAAUUUCCUAGCCUUCUUCCUACAACAUGGACAUUUCCUCAGCAAAAAGAGGACAGUGUGACAUCUGUUUUCAGGAAAAAUGAAAAGACAAAUGUGAUAGUUCCUUUCCAGGUCCUUCCAAGUAAAGAAGUUUCUAGUCUUCGCAUCAUACAUGGAUUCACCUUUGACCUCAGCACUGGUCGUAUUUCAUCUCCCGUCUUUACAACACCAAGCCCAAUCCUCCUUCCUUCAGGAUCUCCUCCACCUUCCAUGCCCACCAUACACACCACGCAGAGGGUGUCCCCAUCUCAUGGUUCUUCUAGCACUGGUCUGGAGACUGCCACAGCUGCUGGGGGUCAGUCUGAACUGCCAGCUUCAGCUUCCAAACAGGUGACACCAUUUUCAUCCUCCACCGAUGCCUAUGAUUUCUCAACAAUGGGAGACAUGAAAAAGCCAGCAACCACAGCUGUUUCCUGGGGUUCUUUUUCAGCAGACACUGGAUCCCUUUCCAUAAAAUCGACAAUAGCUGGCUUGCAGCAGCAUACAAAUUAUGAUUUAAGCGGUCACACAAUUAACUCUGCAAGUUGGGAAACUCAUUCAGCUGCAACUACUCUGCCCAGUGGUUUAAUUUCAACUGCCAAUGCAAUAAAAUCUCAAUAUUUCAAAGAGACUGCUGGGCAGUCAGUGACUACAGGAGGCUCUAACAUUCAGGAUCUAGUCCUCGAUCCAAGCACCAGCCAGCCUGUACGACAGUUAGAUGUGACCCCAGUUGGAAGCCACACAGACCUCUGGCCCACAGGCCAUAACAGCCAUUCCAGAGACUAUCAAACAGUGAAGAUUGAAUAUUACCCAUCCACAAGUCAGCAUUCUGUGUCACAUUCCCGUCUCCAGCUGCCUGCCCAGCCAGCCCAGGCAGCUCAUUCUCUUUGGCUGGCCUGGCCAAGUCUGACUUCCACAGCUAGCAUGCAGGAGAUGCUUUCAGAUGGAACAGAUACAAGUUCUGAAAUUUCCAGUAACAUCUAUCCAUUGCCUGGGACAAAUGCUUCUCUACCAUUCCAGCAUGUCCUGAGAUACCACUCAGCUGCUGAAUCACCUUCUAUAUCAACCAAUGCCUUUCCCAGGACCCCCUCCAAAGUGCUACCAACUUCUCAGCACCCCAAGAAAUGGACAGUGGACUCUUCUUCAGUGUCAUCCAAGGUAGAACCUACGGCAGCGGUGGCAGCCACCAUGUUGUUUCUGAGGAGAGCAAGUCCUGCGGCGCUGACGGCGGCCCUGGUAGCUAAGGGCACUGGCAGCAACAGUUUGACCACUGCUGUAGCUAAAAAUGUCACCAAGACAGCAUCUGGCCUAAAGGCAACAGCAGGGGGAGUCCAUACAGCCUUCUCAUUCACACCAACCUACAUGUUUGCCAGGACAGCACACACCAUGAGCACACAUACAGCCAUGCAAGGGAACACAGGCACUGCCUCUGGCCUGUUGUCCACAACACACCUCCCCAGGAAACCAGAAGCCAUGCACACAGGCAUCCCAAACCCCACUAAGCCAGAGGCACCCAAAGUGUCCACCCCUCGCCCACUAACAAUCACAGCAACGUUGACAUCCAUUUCAGCAUCAGUGAAGGCCACCCGGCUGCCACCUUUGCAGGCAGAAAACACAGAUGCUGCUUUUCUUGCUGCGUCAACUGCAAUGGUCACAACUGGAAAAAUGGCAUCCAACCUGGAGUGUCAGAUGUCUCAUAAGCUCCUGGUGAAGACAGUUCUCUUUCUAACGCAGAGAAGAGUGCAUAGCAGCGAAGCCUUGAAGUUCAAUGUGGCCAAAGGCCUCACCCAGGCUUUGCGGAAGGCUUUCCACCAGAACGAUAUCUCAGCUCACGUGGACAUUCUGGAACAUUCUCAUAACGUCACAGUUGGUUAUUAUGCUACUAAAGGGAGAUUGGUAUACUUGCCUGCUGUCGUGAUGGAAGUGCUGGGUGUCUAUGGAAUCAGCAACGUCACUGCCGAUCUCAAGCAACACACCCCAAACUUACAGUCUGUGGCUGUCCUUGCCUCCCCCUGGAAGCCCCAGCCUGCAGGCUACUUCCAGCUGAAAACAGUACUGCAGUUUGUGAGCCAAUCAGACAACAUACAGUCCUGCAAAUUUGCCCAGACAAUGGAGCAGAGGCUACAGAAGGCCUUCCAGGAUGCUGAGAGGAAGGUCCUCAGUACCAGAAGCAAUCUGACUGUCCAG